AUGAACCCACAAGCUCAACCCUUUGUACCGACUCAGCACACCUGGACCGACGACAACGGCAUACCCGAGCUGCUGACUGCUGCACGUCGACUUCUCGUCAUCUCCGCCUGGCACGGUGCUGUGGUGCGCAAGCAAAAGGACAAAUCAACUUGGGUAAUACCGACUUCUUCGCGGCAUGGAAGCGCGCCGUCACUGACAAGUGCUUCGAGAAGUGCAGCAGCAAAAGGCGAAUCGAGUCCGUGGGCUCACAUCGACAGCUAUCUUAGAAGCCAACAUCGCUACACCAACACCCGCGCAAGCACACCUGUACAGCAACCCCCUGACGGCACUCGAGCACUGACGGCGGCCAUGAACGGCCAAGGCCAGGGCAACUGGCAGCAGCGCCAUCCGCCAGUGGCAGGCGACGGCGGCGCACACGCUGCUCGCUUCCCAUACCCACCACCACCUCCGCCUCAGUACGGCGGCUACCAAACGAACCAGGCACGCAACAACACAGCUCUUCGUGGAGGUGUGCACAACAACUUCGUCCCGCGCUCGAAUGGCAGUCCAAUCGGCUACCCACCGAUGAACAACGGAGGUACCACCAACGGCUCGAUGGCUUCAGGCCACUCCUCGCUGAACGGCAAUACGUACGCCGAUGACCCGUACGUGACCCGCCGCCCUGACUCUGCUCUCGGAAACGAUAUGGCUGGCCAGAAGACCACCUUCCUCAAUGCGCAAACUCCGCCGGGACGUGUGAACAGUGUCCCUCGCCGCCAUAGAGAUUCUUUUGGCUCGAACGGCACGUUCGCCACUCAGAUCGAGCAACCCAUGUCUCCACCAGCCAACGGCAAUCACUACCAAGCUACGCACCCUCAAAUGCGUCCUACCACCCAGCUCGUUCAGCAUCGCACGAAUGGUGGCCCACAGCACUUCGCUGCUCCUGUCGCUCAGCGCCGUGCGAACAUUGGCCAGCAGUUGCAAAACGCUAUGCACCCUAAUGUCCAUGACAUUGCGGCUGGUCUCGGUAACAUGCAGCUGUCGCACACGAGUGCUCAGUCAGAGAGCAAUGGUAGCAUGUCCACAUCAGUCGGCUUCCCUGCUCACUACAACCAGGAGGGUACCGCACGCACACUCGCUGAGAUGAUCAAGCGCGCCGAGACCGAAGACCCGUACGAUCGCAAGAUGGCUCUGUACACGACUGCACCACGCCAGCCAAAUCCGACACUCGGCCCUGCUCGUUUCAAGGACAGCCGCAUGUUUGCCACGAUCGGCGGCUCAUCCAGCAGCACCCCACCAAACCAAGCUGUUGGGCUGGUCAAGAAGGGUCGUCCAGACUGGCUCGACCUGGCUCUGGAGGGCAACAUGACCCCCGACCUGGAAGAGGCAUUCAACGCUUUGCCUUUCGACGAGCUGUGCCGUGGCUGGUCAAACCAUCACGCCGGUGUGGUCCGCAUCAAAGACAUCCCCUAUGCCACCACGCGCCAGGAGAUGACGGCUUUCCUUGGUCGCAAUGCUCAGAUUGUCCGCCAGCCAGAAGGUUCCCCAUUCCACGCAAUCCAUAUCCUCAUGGAGCGUGAGAGUGGCAAGACCAUGGACUGCUUCGUCGAGGUUUCAACCCCGGCUGAGGCUUCGUGGGUUGCCCGCCAAUUUGCUCGUCGAGUCGACCAGAAGCGCCCACCAAAGGUCGGCGAUCGUACUGUGGAGGUAGUUUACAGCUCGCAGGAUGAGCUCAUGUUUGAGCUCUUCCCGCGCGCUAAGCACGUUCGGUGGAGCAAUGGCCAGCCUGUGGUUGAUCGCAACGAGCGAAAAUACUACAAAGACCAGGCUGCCGUCGGGUUCCAAGGAUUCCUUCAUCCCGAGGAGCUUGUCGCUCUGUCCAAGCAUGCGACUUUGCAUGAGCGUUCUCCAUUCGCGAGCAAGAGCCCUUGCCGUGUGUACGAGGCCAUGAUCACACUUCUCUACAAGUACCCAUGGCAGGCGAUCGAGGAGAUCACUAUCGCUGAGCGUCGAGCGAUUUACGACGCGUGCAUUGGUCUGAUCAAGACUUUGAUUGUCGCCCUUCGUCGCAGCAACCUCCAGCACUCCGCCAAUCAGCCAACUCCUGGCCUGCUUCAGGAGCUCACCACGGCUGCUCUUGUCUGCCCAGGAUUCACCGAGAAGCAGAAAGCUUCCGUCAUUGCCGCUGUCAUCCAAGGUGGUUUCAAGGGUAUUGCCGACGGCCGUGACUUGAACGUCAAGCUCGGUGGUCAUCACGAGUUCAGUGCUAGCUGGCCUUUCUCUGCACUGGGCAUUCCGAUGGAUGUUGAGCUAGAUGUCCUUGCUUACUACGCUCGUCUUUUCCGCGAGGCUACCUACGAACCAAAGGCCACCUCGCUUGCGGCACUCAAGGCCAAGCAGGCAUCCGGCCAGGGACAGAACCCAAUGGGAGAAUGGUCCAUCGACUACGGCAACAACCCGUCCAGCCUCACCCUCGCGCAGAUCGGCCAGAUCGAGUACGACGCUGUCGAAAAGCUGCUCAAGUUCAUCUGCGACGAAGCACCAGCCGAGCAACGCCCCUACAACAGCCACAGCGCUCCGGGUAGCAUCGGCCGCCAAUCGAGCAGUUCUGGCGGCAGCGGCAGCGCUGGUCAGCGAAGCAAUGCUACCUACCACUCCCUCUUUUGA